UUUGCCUAUCUGCGGCCUCCCGCCCAGCCGCGCAGACCGCAAAACCCAAGCCCGGGAGAGUCGCUCAGUCAGGCAGAGCCUUCCAGCCUCCAGACGUCGGUCUUGUCCGCUACCCGGCAGAAUUCGAGCUUAGACCACGAAGCCUCCUCGCACCUCCAGAGGCGAGAUUUGGACCUCAAACCCGCGAGGGUGAGAGUCAGGAGAUGGGAAGAGAGUUGGGAAACGCGCGCUCCAGUCACGCCCCCUCAGCAUUUGGGUCUCAGCCCUUUAAGAACGCUUCAAUUCCGGACUCUGCAGGGACUGGGCUGUGAAGGCGCGCCAGGAUUGGUCUGUUUGGGUGCGGGUGUCGCCUAGCAGUAGCGAAUGGGAACUCGUGGAUGGCGCGUGCGCACCAUUGCCUACCUGCGCCCGGGCCACCGGUGUCCUGCUCCGGGUCCUCCCGAUGGGCUAAGGUUGCCGAGGAGGCGGCGGGCGGCGCGGCCAAACUGGUGGGCGCCGACUUCUGAAGGCCGCCGUCGGGGCGAGGUGUCCUCAUGACUUCUCUUGCGGACCAUGUCCAUGAUCUUUUUUGCCAGUGUGGUACGGGUGAGGGAUGGACUGCCCCUCUCAGCCUCUACUGACUUUUACCACACCCAAGAUUUUCUGGAAUGCAGGAGACGUCUCAAGACUUUAGCCUUGCGACUGGCCCAGUAUCCAGGUCGAGGCUCUGCAGAAAGCUGUGACUUUUGUAUACAUUUUUCUUCUUCUGGGGACCUGGCCUGCAUGGCUAUCUGCUCCCGCCAGUAUCCAGCAGCCAUGGCCUUCUGCUUCCUGGAGACCCUGUGGUGGGAAUUCACAGCUUCCUAUGACACCACCUGCAUUGGCCUCGCCUCCAGGCCGUAUGCUUUUCUCGAGUUUGACAGCAUCAUUCAGAAAAUGAAGUGGCAUUUUAACUAUGUAAGUUCCUCUCAGAUAAAGAGCAGCUUGGAGAAAAUUCAGGAGGAGCUAGAGUUCCAGCCUCCAGUGGUUCUUACUUUGGAGGACACAGAUGUGGCAAAUGGGAUGAUGAACGGCCACAUACCAAUGCACUCGGAGCCUGCUCCUAAUUUCCGAAUGGAGCCAGUGACGGCCCUGGGGAUUCUCUCCCUCGUCCUCAACAUCAUGUGCGCUGCUCUGAACCUCAUUCGUGGUGUUCAUCUCGCAGAACAUUCUUUACAGGUUGCCCGUGAGGAAAUUGGAAACAUUCUGGCUUUUCUUAUUCCUUUCGUAGCCUGUAUUUUCCAGUGUUAUUUAUACCUGUUCUACAGUCCAGCCAGGACUAUGAAGGUGGUGCUGAUGCUGCUCUUUAUUUGCCUGGGUAAUGUGUACCUGCAUGGGCUGAGGAACCUCUGGCAGAUCCUUUUCCACAUAGGAGUUGCUUUUCUGUCUUCAUACCAGAUACUGACAAGACAGCUUCAGGAAAAGCAGUCUGACUGUGGAGUGUGAGGACACCAUGGAUCCUUUGAUUUUCUUUGGAGAGUCAAUCUGUGUUUCCCUUCUUGCUUCUCCAAGUUCACCUCAAGUUUCCAUGCUUAACGUUCCUUUCAACUAAAUUGGACUGAAAAGCCGAGAUUGGGGAUUUCUAACAGGUGCUGUGGAAAUCAUGAGGUCACUCAAUACCCACCUGGUCUUGGUUGUGUGCUGAGCAUCAUUGCAGAACCUCUAGUUGAGCAUGUUUACUUAGGACAGCAGAAUCCGAGGGCUUACUCAGAAGGAGAAUUAUUGGAAGAUCAGAAUGGAAACAUUUUGGUCUUUUAAAUUAAAUGAUACAAAAAUAAACUACUAAAUUCAAUAA